AUGGACGUCAACGACGUGCUGCUGCUGGCGUCGGCGGUGGUGCUGGGGCUGGUGUGGUGGCGGCGGUGCUCCAAGACGGGCGGCGUCGACGGCCUCCCUCCGGGCCCGCCGGGGUGGCCGGUGGUGGGCAACCUCUUCCAGGUGAUCCUGCAGCGCCGCCCCUUCAUGUACGUCGUCCGCGACCUCCGGGAGAAGUACGGGCCCAUCUUCACGAUGCGCAUGGGCCAGCGCACCCUCGUCAUCGUCACCGACGCCGACCUCAUCCACGACGCGCUCGUCAAGCAGGGCCCCAUGUUCGCCAGCCGCCCGGCCGACAGCCCCAUCCGCCUCCUCUUCAGCGUCGGCAAGUGCACCGUCAACUCCGCCCCCUACGGCCCGCUCUGGCGCGCGCUCCGCCGGAACUUCGUCGCCGAGAUCGUGUCGCCGCAGCGGGUCAAGGGCUUCUCGUGGAUCCGGGAGUGGGCCAUGGGCAACCACCUCCGCCGGAUACGCGCCGAGCACGCCAAGACCGGCGCCGUCCGCAUGAUGGCCACCUGCCGCCUCACCAUCUGCAGCAUCCUCAUCUGCAUCUGCUUCGGCGCCAAGAUCCCCGACGAGCUCAUCGUGGAGAUCGAGGAGGUGCUCAAGGACGUGAUGAUGAUCUCGCUGCCCAAGCUCCCGGACUUCCUGCCGCUCCUCACGCCGCUCUUCCGGAGGGAGCUCGCCGAGGCCAAGAACCUGCGCCGGCGGCAGCUCAACUGCCUGCUGCCGCUGGUGCGCGCCAGGCGGGAGUUCCUCCGGACCGGCGGCAACGCGUGCAAGGCGCCCGGGGAGGGGAACAGGGUGAUCGGCGGCGUGGAGAUGAUGAGCCCGCCCGGGGAGGCGUACGUGGACUCGCUGUUCGACCUGGAGCCGCCGGGCAGAGGGAAGCGGCUCGGCGAGGAGGAGCUGGUCACGCUCUGCUCCGAGGUGAUGAGCGCCGGCACCGACACCAGCGCCACCGCGCUGGAGUGGGUCAUGAUGCACCUCAUCCUCGACCCGGCGGCGCAGGAGAGAGUCUACGACGAGGUCGUCGCCAAGGCCGGCAAGACCGCCCGGAUCACCGAGGCCGACGUCGAGGCCUUGCCAUACUUGCAGGCGGUGGUGAAGGAGACGUUCCGGCGGCACCCGCCGAGCCACUUCGUGCUGUCGCACGCGGCGACGAGGGACGCGGAGCUGGGCGGGUACCGGGUGCCGGCGAACGCCAGCGUGGAGUUCUACACGGCGUGGGUGACGGAGAACCCGGAGACGUGGCCGGACCCGGACGCGUGGCGGCCGGAGCGGUUCCUCGAGGGCGGCGAGGGCCACGACACCGACAUCACCGGCACGCGCGCGCUCCGCAUGAUGCCGUUCGGCGCCGGCCGCCGCAUCUGCCCCGCCGCCACCCUCGGCGUGCUCCACAUCCAGCUCACGCUCGCCAACAUGAUCCGCGAGCUCCGGUGGACUCCCCCCGCGGGCGAGGGGCCGCGAAUUGAUUUCCUCCGUCGACCCGGAAUGCACGGCGCGGCGCGUACCACGUCACGGAUAGGUGACUAA